CCCGCCCCGCCCGGCCCCGCCACGUCGCUCUCGGGCGCCGCUGCCGGGGCCGCUGCCGGGCCAUGGCGUUCACGCUCUACUCGCUCCUGCAGGCCUCGCUCCUCAUCGUCAAUGCCGUGGCCGUGCUGCACGAGGAGCGCUUCCUCCGCCACGUUGGCUGGGGAAGCGAUCAAGGGAUUGGAGGAUUUGGAGAGGAACCAGGAAUUAAAGCACAGCUGACAAACCUCAUUCGAUCAAUACGAACCGUUAUGAGAGUGCCAUUAAUAGCCCUGAACUCCAUCACAAUUGUUCUCCUCCUGCUGUUCGGCUGAAGACACCCCGUAGAAAUUCUUUGGACUUCCAGAGAAGCCAAUUGCUGACCACCACUGCUCUGAGUACCCUGGGAUCCAGCACAGUUUAGCUGUCAAUCUGACAUUCAACUUAAAAUAAUAAAAGACACUGUUUCUAUUUAUCCCAUUUCCUAAUGUUCCCUUGCAGUUUCAUUAAGCAGGAUCAUGGGAUCAAUGCAACAACGCUGCAAACAAAUUGAACUGUGACCAGUUCUGUUGGCUGCCUGUUCAUAGUGUUGAUUAAUUAUUAGAGUAAAUGUCAUAGGAUGUCGCAGUGACUGGCAAUGGGAUGCAGCUUUUAAAUGCUCUGUUACUCAGGGAUGAAUUUCCUUCAGUACGCUCUCCAAUUUGUUUUUAAAUUGAGGAAAAGAACAACAAACGUGUUUGCUUUCAUUUCAGUUACUACCAUGGAACUCUUUAAGAGAAUAUGAAUUGAGCUCUGAAAGUGUGUUAUAAAGAAUAUUUGUUAUAAAGGAUUGAAGUCCAGCUGUGAUAUGGAGGGAGAUAAAAUCAGCUGGGUAAAGUCCUGGUUCAGCUUAACAUUGAAAGCUGAGUUCUUCUUGCUUUGAUUGGGGAUUUUUGUCUUCAAAUCAGUAUUUCAUACUGACAGAAAAGUCAGUUGGAAAUGGGUGCAACUGCAGUACAAAACUUAAAAAAUAAAUUUAAAAAACAAGAAAGAAAACAAAAGCUGUACCUAAAGCUGGGCAACUCUGUUAACUUUGGGGAUAUUAGUGAUUAGUAUUUGUUACUUUUCUGUCAAGAAUUGUUAUUAUACUUUUUAAAAUAUGUAUUAAACUUCUGCGUGGUGAUCACUGUGGUUGAAGUGGAGAACCGUUUGUAUUCUGAGCUUCCUGGGGAACCUGGGAGGGGAAUACCACGGGAGGUGAAUACCCUGUGCUUUUCAAAUGCAUUUCUUUGGGAAAAACCCGAGACAAUUUGCAGCCUCUUUCCUUACUGCUACCUCCCCGGCCCUCCGUCAUCAUAAUUUGUUAAAUUAACAGCUUUGAAAGUGCAAUUCUGUGUGUGACUUUGCAGUUCUGUGGAAGAGAAUGCUCCUAAUUGCUUUCCUACUGGUCUUGUCUCAGUUAAGACUGCUGAGCUAGGUCUGAAUUGGAAAAGGUGAUUCUCCUGUAUCCGUCUAGAGAAGUUAGAAUUGCUUGUCUGUUCCUCUGCUAAAGUGCUUGACUUUAAUUUUAAAGAGGGGACGCCAAGGGAAACCUGGCAGUUUCAUUAUUUUAAAGCGGCUUAGUCAAUCAUCUUUUCUUCCUAUGUCUUAAUGACUAAAGCAUAUGCUGUUGUAUGUGAAGAAGAAUCUGUAAAACAUGUAAAUGCAUUUAAUGAUCUUCAAUCACAGUUUUUUUGCAGAGUAAAAUACAUCCAGGAGGAGAGGUUUAUGUUGUUUUCUUUUUUCUCGUGACUUUUGUAAAUAAAUCCUGUGAAUUUCCAAGUUAAGCACUCUCUUUCCUAACUCUGUCUGUGUAGAGUGGGGAUAUCUCAGAACUCUGCUCCAUCCUGUUAGGGAUACCAGAGUUACUGCUCUCAUAUGAAAUGUGUAACUUUUUCCUCAUCCCCGUGGCACAUGGUAAUAUUAUCUCUGCUGUAUUUUGGUUUCUGUAGCAAACCCAAUGAGACAUAGUAACGCUGCCCUGAGGCAGAAUGGGACCUUCAGGAUCUUUAAAUUUUAAAACCUGUGGAUCUGUUAGAAGUAAUUUCUACGUGAUGAUCCUUGUGUCAGUCAUAGGCAAGGGUACAGCCUGGCUCUGUUGUCCCAGAUGUGUCUUUGGUGGAAAUGGGGAUAUGGGUGUGUGGAAUAUUUUGUAUUCCUAUGAAAUAGUUCUGGAAAGAAAAGCGGCGGUCUAUGUUUCUGUGGCUGUGGCACCGAACAAUUUGAGGCACAGCGAGUCUGUAACUCCAUUUCUGCAUCAAAACUUAAUUUGUUUGUACUGAAAUAAAGGCCAGCAAAAAGAUUGCAAGCAGCAGCUUUAAAAUAAAACGGGUGAAAAGCAA